AUGAGACCUACAGUAGCGCUAGUGGUUGCGCGCGGCGUUCGAGCCAUGGGUUACCGAACUGCUGCGGCUGCUACCAAACCCGCUGCGGCUUCCGCCACUUCGGCUCCUGCUACUCCUGCUAAAAAGCCUGCUGCCUCCUCGUACUGGCGAAAAGCUGCCUCUGCUGCUUCCACCGCCUCUGUGAGCAACGCCACCAAGAAGACUCCUGUUGCUGCUUCAUCUCCUGCCGCUGAGCCUAUCGAAGCCGACGAUAUGCCCCAGGUCGACACGUCUACAGUUGACCAAGCACCCACCUUCCAGUAUCCUGAGGGAGCCCAAUCAAACGUCUUCCAGCAUAUGAACCAGCGAGAAAUCGACUGGGAACAGUCUUUCCAGGGUCUGGGCUCCCAAGCCUUCUCUAAGGAGGCCGCCCAGGUUCUCCAGGCUCCUCUCACAGUCGAAGACAUCGAAAUCACCCCUGACGGACUGCUGUACCUGCCGGAAAUCAAAUACCGACGUGUUUUGAAUGCGGCGUUCGGACCUGGAGGAUGGGGUCUGGCCCCCCGAAGUGACACCGUUGUCACUGACAAGAUUGUGACGCGUGAAUACGGUCUCAUCUGCGAGGGGAGACUUGUGUCUGUGGCUCGAGGAGAACAGACCUACUUUAACGAAGACGGCGUUCCUACUGCCUCUGAAGGAUGCAAAUCCAACGCCAUGAUGCGAUGCUGCAAGGACCUGGGCGUGGCUUCUGAGCUGUGGGAGCCCAAGUUCAUCCGAAAGUUCAAGGCCCAGCAUUGCGAGGAGGUGUGGGGAACACAUGUUGUCAACAAGCGAAAGAAGAAGCUGUGGAAGCUCAAGGGAGAGACCCUAGCCUACCCUUACCAGGAGUAG